GCGUGCGCCUGCGCACCAGAGGCCGGAGGAGUCUUACCCUAAUGUAAGAUGGUGGCCCGUCUGGCUGUGGAACCCACCGAAAGCUGAGAGUCUCUCUCUCAGCCGUAAAGGUCGGACUUGCUGAAGCAAUCAGGCCCGGUUCUGAAGAGUUUUUUCCCCGACACUCGUUCAGUGGUCUCUGGUGAGGACGCGGCAGCGCGUGGAGUCGGCUAAGGGAAAAGCGAGGCAAGGCAGGCGGGUCUUUGAAGCUCUCUGUAUUAGUUCUCAGUGCUGAACUUCCUUCUCCCUUAAAUUAUUAUAAACUUUUGCUGCUGUUUAAUAAACGUGAAGAUGUCUCGCAGUCCUGAUGUGAAGGAAGACCCUGUGGAAUGUCCUCUUUGCAUGGAGCCCUUGGAGAUAGAUGAUAUCAACUUUUUCCCUUGCACCUGUGGCUACCAGAUUUGCCGAUUUUGUUGGCAUCGAAUUCGCACUGAUGAAAAUGGACUUUGUCCUGCAUGUAGAAAGCCAUAUCCAGAAGACCCAGCAGUUUACAAACCACUCUCCCAGGAAGAACUGCAAAGGAUAAAGAAUGAGAAGAAACAGAAACAAAAUGAAAGAAAACAGAAAAUAUCAGAAAAUCGCAAACAUUUGGCUAGUGUGCGCGUUGUACAAAAAAACCUCGUCUUUGUUGUAGGUCUGUCUCAGCGUCUAGCCGACCCAGAGGUUUUAAAACGACCAGAAUAUUUUGGGAAGUUUGGUAAAAUACAUAAAGUUGUCAUCAAUAAUAGCACAUCAUAUGCAGGCUCACAGGGUCCAAGUGCCAGUGCUUAUGUAACUUAUAUCCGAUCAGAAGAUGCUCUCAGAGCCAUACAGUGUGUCAACAAUGUGGUGGUAGAUGGCAGAACACUUAAGGCAUCUCUAGGUACAACAAAAUACUGCAGUUACUUCUUAAAGAAUAUGCAGUGUCCCAAACCUGACUGCAUGUAUCUACAUGAAUUGGGGGAUGAGGCAGCCAGCUUCACGAAAGAGGAAAUGCAGGCGGGUAAACACCAAGAAUAUGAACAGAAGCUACUUCAAGAAUUAUAUAAAUUAAAUCCCAAUUUUCUUCAACUAUCUACGGGUUCAGUCGAUAAGAAUAAGAACAAAGUGACACCAUUGCAGAGGUAUGAUACUCCCAUUGAUAAACCGUCAGAUUCUCUCAGUAUAGGGAAUGGUGAUAAUUCCCAGCAGAUAUCUAAUAGUGAUACACCUUCACCACCACCUGGUUUAUCAAAAUCCAAUCCAGUCAUCCCCAUCAGUUCAUCCAAUCACAGUGCACGGUCACCUUUUGAAGGGGCGGUAACUGAGUCACAGUCUUUAUUCUCGGACAACUUUCGCCAUCCUAACCCUAUCCCCAGUGGGCUUCCUCCUUUCCCCAGUUCCCCACAGACAUCCAGUGACUGGCCUACAGCACCAGAACCACAGAGCCUCUUCACGUCAGAAACAAUUCCAGUAUCGUCCUCAACAGACUGGCAAGCAGCAUUCGGCUUUGGUUCUUCUAAACAACCAGAGGAUGACUUGGGAUUUGAUCCCUUUGAUGUCACUCGAAAAGCCUUAGCAGACCUGAUUGAAAAGGAACUGUCAGUCAAAGACCAGCCUUCCCUUUCACCCACAUCUCUUCAGAACUCCUCUUCACACACUACAACCGCCAAAGGUCCAGGCUCGGGAUUUCUGCAUCCUGCUGCACCUACAAAUGCCAACUCUCUCAAUAGUACCUUUUCAGUCUUGCCACAGAGGUUCCCUCAAUUUCAGCAGCACCGAGCGGUUUAUAAUUCAUUCAGUUUUCCAGGCCAGGCAGCCCGCUAUCCUUGGAUGGCCUUUCCACGCAAUAGCAUCAUGCACUUGAACCACACAGCAAACCCCACCUCAAAUAGUAAUUUCUUGGACUUGAAUCUCGCGCCACAGCACAACACAGGUCUGGGAGGGAUCCCUAUAGCAGGGGAAGAAGAGGUGAAGGUUUCGACUAUGCCACUGUCAGCCUCUUCCCAUUCAUUACAACAAGGACAGCAGCCUACAAGUCUCCACACUACUGUGGCCUGACAACAGAACUGAGAGGAGAGGAUUAGACUCUGGGGUGCUUGCAUGGGCAACCGGAUUUUUGCAUGAUUCCUUUCUGAUUCUGCAUUUAAUGUAUACACCCAAAAGAGCCAAUAUAAACGUUCCUCAUGCCUACAACUAGUGUGUUACCUCAUAGUUGCUAAAGUAUUUCUUCAUUAGGCCUUUAACACAAUUUAUCAGCAUAAUAAUUUUGGCAUUGUUUCUCAUGAGUGAUAAUAUUUUUAACUCACACAAAUAAACUUGUAGUACUAAUUAAGAUCCCAGCUGAGAUUAGCUAGAAUUGUUCUUAUUUGGCUAUAUUACUGAAAAUAUACAAAGGUAAUAGUAGUACUUUGUUUUCUGGUUUGUGAAAAAAAAAAAUGGUAAUAUCCUAAUAUACUCAUGAAAUUUUGGAAAUUAAGAUCAUGUCUAUUACAUUCUUUGAAUAAUUGAGAAGAAAGAAUACAUAUAAAACAGAAUUGGUGGUGUCAUUUAAUGCUCAGAAGGAUGUUGUCAGUAAUUGUUUUUAGUUGUAUGGAUUUAUAUCCUAUAUUAUGAAAUUACAUGUUUAGAAACUGUUCUUGUUCUCUCAUUUGCACAUUUGCACUUUCAUUUUGAAUGGUUGUUAAUUAUAUAUAGACAGUUAAAAGAUAAUUAUUAUAGACUAAAUGCAAUAUAAUCUCUUUUCUAAUGCACUGCCUAGUAUACCAGGAAAUGCCUCAGAAGUGGAAUUUCAACUUAAAAUUGAUUAUUAGAAACUUGAAUAAGGGGUACAUGUUGUGAGAAGCAACUAUAUUAGUAUAACAUUUUUAUUGAAAAUGCAGUAGUUGUGAGAUAUGUUUGAAAAUUUCAUUGUUUAAUAAUUAAAAUGUGAUAAUAAAACUAUAUCACAAGUACUUGACCAGAAUGAGAUUAAGGGGGAAGAGAAGAGUUUGGGAGUGUGCUAAAAUUAGGUCACUUAAGUUGUCACAGAUAAAAAGUUAAUCAUGGAAUGGAGGAGUGCUUGAUUAGGAUACAAUAUAAAUUGGUGUUUUUGGGUAGUACACAAGGUCUUGAAAUAAUUUUAAACUGAUAAUGAAAGAAAAUAAAUUGAAUUCAAUUCUGAGCAAUAGACAAAAGCUGAAUUCAAAAGACAUGACCAUUUUCUGCCCAAAUUACACAUUCAGGGAGAAAGAGGAAAGUCAGGUCUCUUCUUGAGAGUUGCAAAAAACAAUUGUGAUGAAAGAUAUAUUUUAAUUUGUUAAAAGUAUUAAAAAGGUUAUGCAGCAACCAAAAAGGAAGACUAAAGAUUUAAAAUAAGAUUUAAUAAUAACUUUAUUAGAAGAUGACCCUAAGUUAAGUAUUAUGCUGGAGUUUUCAAGAUUACUUCUCUAUAGUAAGUCUGAUUACUUUCUGUUAGGUAUAAUACAACAAAUUAAAUAACUUCGUCUUGAUGUAUAGUGGCGGUAAACUAAAAUCUGUUUUUAGAUGUCCUUCAGUUUGAUUAACAGGGUAUAGAAACAGCUAAUUAAAUAGCCUUUGAAAUUAUUUUUAUUAAAUUUGGGGCAAUUGAAAACUUGCUCAUUCUUAUUUAGAAGUGAUUUUAGUACAGCAUUAUAAGAAAUCUAGAAAAUACAAAUGCAGUAUUGUAGACUUACACAGAAGCCUUUUGUCAUGGGUAAUUAUGGUUUCAUUUUUGCUGGAAGAGGCCAUGACAUCCAUUUGAUGCCUCCUGUGGUGCUAAGGCUGCUGGCCUUUGUUAACACAGAGGCCCUUCUCCAGCCUUCACUCCACGCCUUUCAUCACCUGGGUCUUCUUAACAAAUCUCCAUUUACUCACUUUCUCUACUGAGAGAUGCACAUGUUAAACAAGGCUUCUUUCCUGUGGUAUCUUUCUCUCAUGUUUCCAGCCAAUGCCAAAAAUCUGUCAGGUAGUUUGCCCAGACUUGCAAGACCCCCACAUAGAUUUUCUAGAUCUGUCUUCCUAUGAGCUUUUUUUUCUUGCCACACUUCCACACAGUCUUAUGUCAGAAAAAUGGUCCUUGGUCAGUAAGGCUUGAAUUUACGUACUUUGAUAUGAAAUAGCUGAAGAUUAUUGUAUAACUUUGUAAAUUGCAAUAUCUUAUAAACCUAAAAAUAAUAAGCCUCAGAGUUUUGCUUACUUAGCAUUUCAUAUGUAUAUUUUUUAAAGUGAAUUCUUAAAAUCUUGGCAUUAAUUAUAUUAAAGUAUACAAGAAAUUAUGCAACACAUGGAAGAAAGAACUGCUUGACAUGGCAAAUCAAAGAUGAUGCCAAAUGAUGGUACAGAAUGAGAAAUCCUAAAAAGCUUCAGAUUAGUUUUUGAUACAUACUUCAUGAUUAAUCUGUCAUAUACAAGGGGAAGCUUUAUAUGCUUUUGUAUUCAAAUCCUUUAACAAGCAACAAAUCUGUUCUUUAGAGCAGCUGUUUUAAACCUGAAGUCUUUGAAAGUAAAUACAAAGCUGUGAUUUUUGGGGGGGUGGGGGGAUAGAUAUAUAUAUGUCUGCUUUAUUCUUGGAGAAGCUCUGUGGUUAUUAGGUUUGUAAAGGGUUUGCUGACUCUCCCCCAGAAAGAAAAAGUUAAGAUCUGCUGCAUAGAAUUGUUUUUAGCAUCACUGUAGGAGAAGGAGACCUCCACUGAAUGAUUUUAGUCAUGCCCGAUGAAUGUCAAGUGCCUCUUGAUUUUCAUGGAUUCCAUUAGAAAAUAUUUUCUGAAUUAAUAAUACUUUCUUUUUCAUUCUGUUGAAUUUUGUUUUUCCAGGUGGUGCUUUUGUAUACUCUCCCUUAUUUCCACAGCCCAUUAAUUAAAUAUUUGAGUGCCUCUUCUGUGUAGUGACCUGAGUUAGGUCUUAAGGGAUACAAGAUCAAAUAAAGUACAGACCCUGUCAUCAAGGGUAACAUUCUAGUGACAGUUUUAUUUCAAAUAAAAUGGCUUUGUCUUAAGGUGU